AUGAGUCCACGGAAGCGAACUAAGCCGAACCCCUCGGGACUCAGCGGCGGCAGCACCACCAGUCUCCCCGCCACACUGCCGUCGCAGCCCAGCACUGGCCGAAGUCUUGCGACGGCAUCGGGAGAGCUUUCCACGAAGGAUCAAAAGCAGCGCUCUGCCCUAUCGAGUUCUCAACAAUCCAGCGACUCAAAUGGGAGCCAAGUACCCUCGAAACAGGUGCGAAAGUCGGGAUCUUGGUACGGCUCGCUGGGGCGGAAAGCCUCAGCUUCCACUCAAGUCGCCAAAGAGACUAUAAUGGGAGGAACCGUGAGAUCAAAGACAACUGUGGAUUUGAGCCGUUUUGAGCCGAAGAGAAAUGCAGAAGACCUUGCCGAUUCCGAUGCCCAGUCAACAAGAACAAUGCCUAAGAUUCAUGAAAACGAUGGGCCAUCCGCGCCGGAUACAGCUACCGAGAGUGCUCAGGCAACAUCAAAAGACAGUGAACCUACGAAAGAGUUGCAGAAUAAAUUAAAGCUCGGGGAAGAGGCUGACACCGAUAUGACGGAACCAGAACAACCAAAGGUCUCCAAUACGCCGGGAGCGGCACAAUCAACAACAUCUUCGGGUUGGUUUGGGGGAUGGUUCGGCGCACCUACUGCGCCUAUUGAUAACACGUCAAACGAGCAUGCUCCAUUAACGGAUGUGCCCAGGAGCCCAGAACCCGUCCAGGCACAACCACCAGUGGAAACUUCAUCUGAAGGUCCACCGACCGCUGUGCCAGAAACGCCAACGUCUGGAAGGCCAACCAGCUCGUGGUUAGGCUACUGGUGGAAUACCACUGCCGAGUCGGAAACUCCACAAAAAGACUCAAACCAUAAGCCAAACACCGAAACUGUGCAAGCCAAGGAAGACGAGGAUGUGGUUAUGAAAGAUGCACCACCUCCCCCAGCUUCGGUGGAGAGUCAACCUUCAGCUGGCUCGACGUGGGCUUUCUGGUCCCGCGACACUGGCUCUAAAGACCAAGGCGGUCAAGUAAAAGCUACACAGGAGCCGGGUGAACUGGCCGUGAUAGGUGAGGGCUCAGAAGCAAAUCCUCAGCAGUCUACUGGCGUCAAGGUCAAAGAUGGCGCCGCAUCGAUGAAGGAGGCUCAUUUGAACAAGAGCGCCAAGGAAAUCCCUGUCAACAAAACCAUCAAGGAAACUCCUAUAAGCAAAACAACGAAAGGGUCACCUACAAAAUCAGCGACUUUAAAGGCGAGCAAAAGGGGAAGGCCUCAAUCCGUGGAUCUUGACGAACCCACCCUCUCGCGACCUGAUACCCCAGUCAACAAGGCCGCGGGAGCAAAGCUCGACAGCCCUACUUCGGUCAAGGCGUCGCCUCCGAAUUUACUGUUGCCAUCAUUUCGAAGCACUUACCAGAUGAAACAGAAUCCUUCCAUCAUUAAGCAGAUCACUCGGCUUUUGCUCAGAACGCAGCAACCAUCGGCGACACACGUAUAUCUAGCGAAAGAACCUCCCAGAAUCAAAAAGGCCAUUGCCAUAGGUGUUCAUGGCUUAUUUCCAGCAAUAUACUUGAGACCAAUGAUUGGACAACCUACAGGCACAUCAAUUCGCUUCGCCAAUCACUGUGCCGAUGCCAUCAGGAGGUGGGCUGACAAUCAUGGCUGCGAGGAUUGCGAGAUUGAAAAAGUUGCCCUCGAAGGCGAAGGCAAGAUCGCAGACCGUGUUGACAAUUUGUGGAAAUUGCUUCUCAAUUGGAUCGAUCACAUUCGUAGUGCAGACUUGAUCCUGGUUGGUUGUCAUUCACAAGGAGUGCCCGUCGGUCUAAUGCUCGUGGCCAAGCUCAUUGACCUCGGCGUCAUCACAAAUGCGCGGAUAGGAAUAUGCGCAAUGGCAGGCGUGUCACUCGGCCCUUUCCCAGACUACAAGUCAGGAAUGGGAAUGCUCAUGGGAUCUGUAGCCGAACUAUGGCAAUUUGCGGACCCCUCGAGCGAGAUAGCUCAAAGGCUGGAGCAUGCUGUGAAGACUGUACUCGAACACGGAUGCCGAGUCACAUUCAUUGGCAGCAUUGACGACCAGGUGGUACCGAUGGAGUCAGCUGUGUACUCACCAGCGGCCCAUCCUUACAUAUACCGAGCUGUGUUCGUCGAUGGUCGGAUUCACGCUCCCGAUUUUAUCGCGCAUCUGGUUGGAUUUGCACUCAAGCUUCGCAAUUUAGGCGUGUCCGACCAAGGACUAAUUCGAGAAUUAUCUGUUGCCUUGGCCGGCAGCCUGUACUCUGGAGAAGGGCAUUCCCGCCUUUAUGAUGACGAGCAAGUUUAUGACCUAGCUGUCUCUCAUGCCCUCGAAACGACGGAUGUAGGCACGGUCCCCUCCCGGGUCGACAAACAUGAAGGAAUGUCCAGUUCCAAUCCGUACAUACUCCCAUGGAUUAUGCGCGGCCUUCUAGAAGAAGGCAUUGUCAAGACAGAACUUUCGGCAGAGACGGCAGAGCUGCUCCAGCAAUUCGACGACUGGAAGCCUGUUACCAAAGCCCUCAAGGAUAUCAAAUUCCGUCUCGAGGCCGUUCGAUCCAGAUUAUAG